UCAUCACGUGUUAAACUGUGUGCAUUCUUGGAUAAAAGUUUUCUCCGUGAUUUGUUUAUCCGUUUUUGAUUGCUCAUGCAAAAAGGAGUUUUUCCCAUUACAUAAAUCGUCAACAAGAAACUUGAUAAUUUUUGUCCCUUUAUAAGGAGUCGAUGCAAUCACAAAAUUCAAAAUCUAUUUCUGGAAAAAUUAAAGGACUCCUUGCGGUUAUGUCAACUCGCGCAUGCAGGAAUCUACGGAUCGCUGAAACUGCGGAAUUACGAAUCCAUGUAUAAAUAACAAUUAGAAUGGGUUAUCCAACGGAUUGAUAACUGCGUUAUCGCAAUGCAUCUCGCAUUAAGUCGCUAUACGGGCCGUAAAUGAUCCACGGAUCGUAAACUCAUAAUCGACCUUCGACGUCACGAUCGACACCAGGGACAGGGAUCGUGACGCGAAGUAUGCGCGCUCUCGUGCGUUAAUCGAUCACGCUCGUUUCGAUUAUCUAAUCGUUGUCCGCCCUGACGGAAUUCUCUCACGGCUCGACAGGAUUCACGCAUCGAAUUUGGACGGAAACGUUAUUUUACAUAAUGGUUCGAAUCAUGAGAAAGAUAAAACGCUGCAUUCGUGCCUAAUCGUCCUUUAAGAAACUCGUCGUCUAAACCGAGAAAGACGUUUUGCGACUGUAACUUUGAAAUUAUAACGCAGAGAAGAAUUCUUGAAGUAAAAAUUCGGCCGAGUAAAAAUUAAACGCGUGAACCAGCUAAGACACAUAACUAAAUUUUGGUAUGUAAUCUUCGUAAAAUUUUAGGUUUUCUUUCGUUCUCCAUAAAUUUACAUAACUUGAUUAUUGCAAAGUCUCUAAUUUAUAUCUUUAUCUUUAUUACUUCUUACAGUUUGACAGCGUUUGUUUAGAAUUAUAUUAUGUUGUAACCUCAUAAAUGGAAAUCGUCCAAAUUUCAAAUUUGUCAUUAUUUUCAAAUUUGAGGUCUUUUGUGCGUGUCACCGUCAUUUAAGAAAACGUAUUGGUGCUCGAUCAAAUUCAAGCGCCUCCGCCGAUAACCUAGGUAAUUAGCGCCCGCUGAUUGGUCACCUUCGCCGGCGCGCCAUCGCAACGCUGGCACAGGAGUGGGGGCUUGUUUACUCUCGCGCUCAGGUCAUGCCGAUCUCGGUCGAGCGGCGUGGCGUUAGUUCGCGCACGGCGCGCGUCGUGUUUGCGCGCGUUCUUUUUCCCGUCUUUCAUUUUCCUUCCUAUCGUCGUAGUUUUCUUUGCUCGCUCGCUGUCCGCGGUAUCGCCCGUGUCGCGUCGCGUUUUCAGAGAGGCACAAAUACAAACGCAGCGUUCGGUUUUACUUACAUCACAUUGGGACAGGAACCGAAGGCCUUAUAGCUUCAUCUUUUUCGUGAGCCAAUGAUCGUAAGCUUUGAUAAGAAGCAUUUCGCGACCAAGUCGCAGCACCGGUUCCUAAUUAUGUGACUAAACCGGAUUCGCGUUUAUCAUAUUCGUGAUCCUUUGAAAUAUGAACUUGUGGACUGACGAUGAACCUCAAAGUAAUCUUCGAAGUGAGUAACACGUUAUGCGAGAGUUAAGUGCCGCGUGGACGCGCUGGAAAAACAAUUCUGCGUUGUUUGAAACUUUGUCGUGAAAAGAAACCUUCAGUGAUUUGCGGAGACGAUCCUGGAUGAGAAUCCUAAAUGAACGAGGAAUUCAAGUCGUCAGGAAUUGUUCGAUGAUUUACUGGCUAUUGACGGAAGCUCAAGUAUCAGGGAACAACGUGGCGAAGGGAAGAUCGUAGGUUCUCGGGAACCUGAUGGCACCCGAUUUCGAGAAGAGGCGCCAGGAGCUAAGGAGGGGCAACGGCGCAGCUGUGGACCAUGUGAACGAUCAUCUGGGCAUGCUUUUACAGUUGCAAUGCGUGGGCAGUGCAUUGACGGACCUUUAUCAUCAUGGUAGCAAUGCAGGCGGCACAUCGUCAACGGUGACGACAUCAUCGCUCUCAAGGAGCACCGCAACCGCAAGUAAUCGCGCUCAUCCCGCGACUAGGAGGGUGAUCAAUCAUCAACAGCGGCAGCUGCAGCAGCAGCAACAACAGCAGCAACAACAGCAACAACAAUCUAGAACACUACUAUCGUCUUUUGGUGGCGUCGCCGUAAGAAAUUCGGAUGAUUACAGACUUAGGAUUGGCGCGACACAAGACGAAAAUUCAAACGACUCCGGCCUUGGCUCCGAGGAACGUCAACAGCACUCCAACAACGUCAAUCUUUGGAACGGCGCUGGUGAGGAGGACUCGAAGAGAAGGAAGAUGGACAUCAAGUUGGAAUCCGAAGACGCAAACUUCGCGUUUCCGGAAGUUGCUUCUGGAUCCAGUCCUGAAAACAAGUCCACAACGACUAGAACUACUGUCAACGGAAUCGGUUUGGGAGGUAUAUCUGGUGGUAGAGCUGGAAGCGGAAACGGCAAUUCUGUGGGCAGAAUCGUAGGAAUCACCAGACCUCGACCAGCCAUGGGCGUUUUGGCUAAAAAGGCUCACCAGGGACCUAUUACCCUCAUUUCACAACUAUCCAAUAUCUCCGCCGAUGGCAAGACUCAACUGCAGAUCGUCUGCCAACCUGAACAACAGCAUCGAGCUCGCUACCAAACAGAGGGCUCACGAGGGGCUGUGAAGGACCGCAGUGGAAAUGGGUUUCCUAUCGUCCAACUGAUCGGUUACGAUAAACCAGCGACGCUGCAGGUGUUCAUUGGCACCGAUCUAGGUCGGGUGGCACCUCACAUGUUCUAUCAGGCUUGCCGAGUAAGCGGGAAAAACUCGACACCUUGCAUUGAGCGGAAGAUUGAUGGCACGAUCGUGAUAGAGAUUGAUAUGGAUCCUGCCAAAGACGUCACCUGCGACUGCGUGGGGAUCCUGAAGGAGCGUAAUGUUGAUGUGGAGCAUAGAUUUCCUCAGGAGACCGGGCUCCUCCAGGGAAGAAACAAGAAAAAAUCCACGCGAUGCCGCAUGGUCUUCCGCACAACCAUCACGCAUAGCGAUGGGACUACGGAAACAUUGCAAGUCUGCUCGCAGCCGAUAGUCUGCACUCAACCACCUGGAAUUCCGGAGAUCUGCAAGAAGUCCCUAACGUCCUGUCCGUGCACCGGUGGACUAGAGCUCAUUAUUCUGGGUAAAAACUUUUUAAAGGACACUCGUGUAGUCUUUCAAUUGGACAACGAUGACCUAUCGAGUAGCCUGGAACCGCAUUGGGAAUGUACCGUGCUGCCAGACAAGGAGUAUCUGCAUCCGGCGCAUCUGGUAUGCGUCGUACCAGCUUACCGCAGGCAGGAUUUGUCACCUACGGAGACUGUCAGCUUGAAACUGUACGCCGUGUCUUCCGGGAAGACGAGCGAACCACAUACUUUUCUUUACACGGCUGCUUCUACCCCGCCGCAGCCGUCCAUAGGCAAAGUCGAAUCCCUCUCUCCACCGUUAACGAAUGGCGACCUGGUCACGUCUUCUGCCACGUCGCUGGCCACAGGCGUAGCAUCCAGCACUCUAAUUACGCAAGCAGCCGCGGGGCCAGCGAGCUUUUUAACGAAUCCUCAGGCUCAAUCGCAGCAAACUACCUCUUCAGAAACUCUGAAGAACGACCCCAGUCCACCGCCAGCAGCGGAAACAUCCCAGGUGACUCCUGUGAUGAUGUGGACCUCACAGUCCUCCAACUGCCAUCCGAACUCACCUCCUGAUGUUAUGAUGCCGCCUCCAGCGCUUGUGACAAACCCUCUGAUGAGCCGACGAUCCUCGUCGAACCUUCAGUUGAUCCUGCCAGACAACUUGAAGACAGAAGUGCUAGAUGAAAAUAGCGAAAACAGUAUGCUGAGCGAGAACAGCAUGCAGAGCAAUCCGGCACCGACAACGGCCGCGAAUCCAUCGACGACAGUCACUUCUCCUCUUCAGCAGCUGAUCAAUGAGAACUCGAGGGAGACUGCAUCAUCGCAAGCUGACAUCAUCAGAACUGUCGCAACAGCUGGUAACAGUCCUGUGCAAGAGGCAGUGAGCGGUCUUCUCGGAGUAGUCGAUUUGAUACGCAAUCCGCUAUCACUGGUGACUGCACAUCAUCCAACUUCAUUCGGAGGCAUGCACGAGCCAGCUCAGGUGCAAGUCCUCAGUCCUCAUCAUCUCAAGGAUGCCAAUAGUGUCUUGCCAACGGAGAACAACUCUAAUGGCGCUACGCUUCAGGGUGCUGGCGUGAUGGAUCUUUGCAUGAAGCAUCACCAAUCAGAUUUUGAUACAUUAUCAACUUACACUGGUGCUUCCGGGACGCAACCGCUAUCAGCGCCGAGCAGUCACGUAGUAGAGAAGUACCUGAAUCAUAUGGAGUCCUCGGUGGCCACCAGCGAGGAGCCCGAUAAUCCAGAAAACGAAUUCGCCAUUCAGCAGCAGCGAGCCUCCAUUAUUUCCGGAGGUGCUCAGCAACCGACAGCUCCUCCGGUAAUUCUGGGCAAUACAGGACAAAAUCCAGUGAAAUUGGACGCCUUAGUAAAUUCUGCAGCUGAACAAAUGGUCUCCCCGUUGCGCUCGGUAAACCCUAAUCCCACUGCGAUGUUGAGCCACGUGACAACGGAACACGAGACGAUCGGCAGCGGUCAGCAGACCAGAGCCAGCCCACCGAUUCCAGUGAAAACGAUGCUGCUGGAAGCGUUGAUUCCAUCGCAAACUGUGCAGCCACUGGCAACUGCUACAGGUGCGCCUGCGGUACCGCCAGCGACAGUACCUACGACAACGGUGGAGCAAACAGGGGAGCUGCUGACUACUAUUAAUGCGGCACUAUUACCACAACUGCCAGAAACGCAGGUCAAUGCAGCAACUGCUACGUCGAAUUCUUCGGUUGCUGGCAACGCAAUACCGGCAGUCGCAGCGGAUCACAUGCAGCAGCAAAUUCAGGCACUAACACAACAAGAUGUGGUCGCAAUGCAGCAACAAGUACAGCAGGUGGAGCAAGUAGUGGCACAAGCGCAACAGCAGGUCGAGCAAGUCGUUGCGCAAGUGCAUCAACAGGCAGUCCAAGCUGUGAAACAAGCUCAGCAGCAAGUGGUUCAUCAAGUCGUGCAGCAUGCUCAAGUAGUGCAGCAAGCUGUACACCAAGUGCAAGCUGUGCAGCAAGGCCAAGGGCCUCACGUGGUGAAGCAAGCUAUGCAGCAAGUGACUGAAGAAGUGGUGCAACAUGCGGUGCAGCAAGCAACACAAGAAGUAGUGCAACAGGUUCAAGCGGUGCAGCAAGCUGUUCAGCAGGUUCAAGCAGCCCAGGCUAUGCAGCAGGCUGUUCAGCAAGACAUCGGUUCCAUGUUGAAUCAGCCGGCCGGCUUUGUAGCUGAAGCAAGCUCCGCCCUCGCCAGUGGGGCUGCCCAGGAACCCUCUCAACGUAAUUUAACCAAUGCAGCGGAGCAAGCCAUCAAUAACGUGAUAGCCAACGCUACGAAGGCCAUCAUCAACAAUCGGCCGAUUACCACUACCACCGCUCACGCGAUCAUCGCCACGAAGAAUAUUCUGAACAGUGUAGCGACUCAGAGCGCGCAAUUGAUGAACAACGCGAUGGAAGGGAUUUUACCGAAGUCUCCCUCAGCGCCGAACAAUAUUGUCGAGCAGGUUGCCAGCAAAUCACCGACAGUCGCGCUGCCAGUCACUCCGAACCGCCAGGCUGUGAACGCCCCGAUUCCCAAUCCCGCUGCAGCCAGCGCGGCCAACAGGAAACCGGAGGACGGAAUGCUGCCUCAAGAGCUCACCUCCAUGUCGGAACACGAUCUCCUGAGUUACAUCAAUCCUAGCUGCUUCGAACAACUUCCGCAAAGUGGAUUCCUCUUGUAGUACUUCCGCGUAUCUCGCGAGAGACGGAAGGAUGAUUUUCAGUGAUGGUUUUGUUCUGAAUGACGCGGAAGUCGUUAAAGCCCAUCUUCGUAUUUUGUAUUUGAACUUUGCUCGCAUCUCGCACGUUGCAUUGAGUUUUUUUUAGAGUCGCAUAUGAUUGCAAUUAGUUAAAUGUAGAAUACGAAGAUUCGGGAACGCUCGAACAAUUAGAAUGUCUAUUAUGUGGACGUUACGACCAAGUCUCUUGGGACAUCUGCAUUAUCUGAUGUCUAUUACUAUUCAGGAUUAAUCUUGAGAGAUCAAGAUCACUCGAUGCUGACGAUUCUGUGCCACAUUUGUAACACGAUGAAAACACUCUUGCAAGAGGAAAAGACAGAAGUACUGCGUCAACUUUGAGGCUCAGCAAAUCUCUAGAUUCUUUUUAGUUCUUAAACCGUGAAGCGUGUGGAUUUCUUUAAAUAUCUAAUGUAUUCUUUCGUAGUUUUAGACUCGAAUUUUUUUUAUCUCUUUGGAGUUUGGUCUUUGAUUUGUAAUUAUCUUAAUUGUAAUUUUCCUUAAUAAUUAAUCAAUUCUUAAUUUAAUUAAUAACUUGUAAUUAAUAACUCGUUUUAUGCGCUUGUAAAAUUUGCGAGUCAUUAUAUAGUUUCUUAUUCGAAGCGUUGUAACAAAUUGUUUCACAGCUCAAAGUUUUCGGAGAUACUUCUGGAUCAUUUUAUGAUUCACGAAGGAGAAAUAAGUCCGCAGUAGCAACAGCAGCAGCUCGUAACGGAUCAAGAAUCAUUAACGCUUAAGUAUAAGACGGGCGCAUAAGAAAGCGCGACAGUUCAGAUAUUUUUCUCUUUCAUCUCUCCUUUCUUAUACGUUUUAUCGUUUUUGAAUGAUCAAUUCUACUGACAAUUCAUUAUUUAUCUCCAGCGACGCCUCUCGACAAGUAAUAGGUGCCUUCAAACGUCGCAAACUAUAUUGAGUCCUAUUUUGAUCUAUCCUAGAUCCCCUUUUAUUUGAAGGAUUUUCAGAAGAAUGACGCAAAUAACGCGAAAAUAAUUCGCUCUUUUGAAUAUUCAGCUAAUUAAUUAAUCUUUAAACACACCUCAAAUGUGAAACCAAACAUUUAACGUCGGGGUCCAGUGGUAGCGUUGUAGGAUUAAUUAAUCAGUAGUUUGGUAUCUAUGAAAGAGUUAUUGAUUAUGCUCUUGUUGUUAUUAUUAUUAUUGACUUGAUUUCAUUACAGAAAAAUACAUCAUCUUGUCGCUGUAGUUUCCAUACACUUCUCAAGUAUGUUUCAUAUACAUACAUAUAUAUAUAUAUAUAUAUAUAGAAUAUGUAUAUUGUUCAGUAAUUGAAGUUUUUUUGUUUUCUUCUCUUUUGUUAUUUAGUAUAUGGAUGAUAAUAAUUGGAUCACAUAUAUAUAUAUAUGUGAUUGUGUUAAUGUUUAUUAUUAAUUGAUAGAAGAAUAAAAAUGACGGAGCGAGAGAGAGAGAGUGAGAUCAUGUUGUAUGUUGAGAGAAAUAGUAUAUAAAAAUAUAUAUAUAUAUAAAUAUAUAUUUUUUACGUUUAUCCAAAGAGAGAGUAGAGGGGCGAAACUAAGUAAAAAAAGUGAGCUUAUUAAGGAUAUAUGUCCAUACAAUUACUACAUGUAUAUGCUGGAUAUAACUAAAGUGUAUCGCGAAAUUUCGACAGCUGCUACAGUUUCUUUUAUAGAUCCUCGAAUUCUAAGAAAUAUAAAUUUUGAUUUUUUCGGUCUCGCGAUCCUUCAGAUCGACAAGUGCCUAAGUCUUCAGAUUUUUGCAUUUUCGAGUUUCCAAAUCCUUUAAAACUUUGCACCCUCAAAUUUCUGAAUUUUUCUCUUGGAAAAAAUUCCCAAACGGAUAUUCAAGUUUUUCAAGGUUACUGAAUUCGUUACUGGGUCUUGCGGACGCUCUAGGUGCUGGAAAAUUCUGAAACCACCGAUAAUCUAAAGCUCUCAUAUCUCGAUGCUUUGCAUCUUAGUGAUAUCUCGCGUACCUAUAUCUCGCGACAUCGAAUUUUUUCGGGAUAGUUCCCUGCAUGUUCAAGACGAGGGGUGCUAAUAUUCGUCAAGAUUACGUAGCUAGUAGUAGGAGAAACAGACAGAGAGAAAGAGAGAUUUUAUAAUGAAAAAUAUAAAGAAACAUUUAUUGUCGCGACAACACAUGUCUUAGCCAAGUAUAUACACGUAUAUACAUAUAUAUAUUAUAAAUAUAUUUUAUAUUGAUCGUUGUGUGUGUAAUGUGUCGCACGCGAUGAUUAAUGGUCUGCCUAAACAGGGAAGAUGUGUACCACUUGCGAUAUAUACCUCGUGAAAAUGUCUACUUAUAAAACGUCUACUCUUCUCGCUGUACGCACAUCAAUGAUAACAGCUAUCAGCCUAACUUUGACAAAAAUUCGUAACAAUGUAUCAUUAUUUACUCCUGUGAGUUGAAUAAAUGUUUCACAAUGA